GUACGCCAUUUACAAUAACUAUGAGCCAUGCUUAACCAUACCACAUUCUCAGACUUGGAAAAAUAAAUCUUUUAAAAAUGUUGGCACUGCCAGCAAAUUGUUGUAGCAUAGUGCAACAUCAACAUUUGUUUCCAGCUAAACAUAUCUACAGCUAAACCAGCUAGCUAGAUAUUUUCUUGCUUCCACCGCUAAGAAAAAAUAGACACGCCUGGUGCCGGGCAGAUCUGAGUUUUUAUAGUUGUUGUAUCAUUUUCUAUAGACCUAUUUACAUGCAAAAAAGCAAAACACAGACCUCUUAUAUGUGUUGUGACACUGCAAAAUGCUGAGGAACCAUGCAGCCCCGAGUAUGAAAUGCAGCCAUGGGCAUGACCACAGUGUACAGAGAGGGCAGGGCUCGCCUCAUGACAAAACAGAAGCUGCGUCCUUUAAAUAAUCUCUUUGUGAUAGCAUGACAUUGCUCUCAGAGUGAUAGCCCCACGUGAUUUAAUGCUGUUACUGCCACGCCGCAGCUAAUUUUCUGCUGGUUUGGUUUGCAGGCUGUAUGGAGACAAACACAGAGACAGUGGAGACAUAACUGCACUAAUGGCUUUAGACUUUUAUUUUAUUUCACGUCACUCCCCUCCUCACUCUCAACUACAACCUUCUUCCAAACAGACCAGCCACCUCCCACAACCACACUGACAGAUGCAGAUUAGGUGACGUAAGCUCAGUUACAGAGAGGUGACAGCUCCACCGCGCUCAAAAGCAGAACCACACGGCUUCUUUCUCCUAAGCCACAAUGACCUGAGGGUUAGUACUGGGAGGAUGGCUCUAGACGAAGGAUCAGUAAUGACUACUUCCUGUUUUUCCUCAGCAUUUUGCUAAAACAAUGCAUUGCCAGAUUUAGCCACAAAAGUUUCUUUUAUCUUUUCAACUUCAGUGCGGGACAUAAAGAUUUCAUCGUUUCUGAUACUUUGUUACUUAUUGCUGGGCUCCACAAUGCAAACUGAGGACUGGUGGGAUGUUCCCUUAGGCAGCAGCCACAACUAUUGAAUUAUUAAAAGGCAGAUUUUAUCCAUGGUUGGAUGUGUUGUGAAGCACAAGUUACCAUGAUGGGAGACAGCCGCUCUGAUAGUCAGACCGUUGACUUCUGCCAGACCCCAUCGCCAGAAAUAAGGUGGGUCAACUCCUCUGGCAGCGACAGUGGACUACAAUUAACACAUUCCUCAGAGAGAAUGUUUCUAUGGGCAGGAAGUAAACCACCAGAUGGAAGAAAUGACCGCAAGUCCUUGUACCAGAAGAUUCGUGAGUAUGAGGUACUGGACAAGAAGAAGACGGUGACGGCUCUAAAGGCAGGAGAGGACAGAGCCAUACUGCUGGGCCUCAGCAUGGUCUUCAUUUCUGUUAUGAUGUACUUUGUCCUAGGAAUCACCAUACUGCGGUCUUAUUCUGACAGUGUGUGGACGGAAGAAGCUAGCUGCACUAUUGUGAACUCCACUAUUGUGUGGGACGUGAACUGCUCAUAUAGCUGUGGAACAGAGUGCUGGAAACAUUCCCGUUACCCUUGUCUCCAGGUCUACGUCAGCCUCAACUCCUCAGGAAAGGUGGUACGAUUGCUGCACAAUGAGGAGACGCACGAAGACAAUCCUGAGUGUUUCUACAUCCCAAAGUGCCGCAAGGACUACGCAGCCACCCAUGCCAUAGUACUAAAUAUUUCGGAGCGACUCAGGUCUCAGCACACUAUUCAAUGUUUCGUGGACCCUACACGCAGAGCGGACAGCGCCAUCCUGACCCAGAUCUACGGUCCGGGAGUCGUGUUCCACUCCCUGUUCUGGCCAACCUGCACCUUGAUUGGAGGAACCAUCAUCAUUGCCAUGGUGAAGCUCACCCAGUACCUCUCCAUCCUGUGUGAGAGCCUGAGCCGCAUUAAGAGGAAGCAGUGGACAAGGAUCCAAAGCUUCCCGAGAUGUGCCCCUACUCUAUGUCUAAAUCUCCUGGGUUCUAAUGGGUUCCUCUACCAUCAGCUGUCUACACAUCCUUUCAACCCCUUUUCAUCCCUUGAUCAAUUUCUCCAACUACGUGUCAACAUAGAGUACUGUAACAAAGAAAGAACAAAGGAAAAGGCAUUUGACAACAAAAAACAAAAAAAAAACAAAACAAAAAAACAACAACUGUGGCUUCAGCUCUACAGAUUAUAUCUGAGGACUGAUCUUUCCUACAUGUGAGGCAGAGUCCAAACAACAGUGCAUAUAAACAGAAAAUUAUCACAAUGACGGCAAGAUCCUGAAGCAGCAAUGGAAACUCAAAAUCCAGGUAUUAAUUAUUUCCAUACACGGAACUGAACAUUUUGUAUGGCCAUUUCUGGAAGUACAAUGUGUUUAGAAGUCGACCAAUUUUAGAUUAGUUGUCCUUCGCUUGCUAGCUUUGCCACCACAAAUGCAAUAUAAAGACACUCAACAUACAGAACUCUGAGCAACAGUGAAAUACUUGAGGUUGUGACAGUUUCUUGUAGUAUUUUGUUCGUAUUGGUCAGGAUUAAUGGUGUCCUCAAUACUGAGAAAUACAGGCAGAUACUAAUCCAUCAUGCAGUACCAUCAGGGAGGUUUUUGAUUGGCCCUAAAUUUAUUCUGUGGCAUAACAAAGAUCCCAAACAUAUAGCCAAAGUCAUUAAGAACUAUCUCCCAUGUAAAGAAGAACAAGAACUCCUGGAAGUGAUGACACGGUCCCCACAGAGACCUGAUCUCAACAUCAUCAAGUGUGUCUGGGAUUACAUGAAGAGACAGAAGAAUUUGAGGUAGCCUACAUCCACAGAAGAUCUGUGGUUUGUUCUCCAAGAUGUUUGGAACAACCUAUAUCAGCCAAGUUCCUUCAACAACUGUGUGCAAGUUUACUUUGAAGAAUUGAUGCUGUCUUGAAGGGAAAGGGCGGUCACGCCAAAUAUUUGGUUGAUUUAGAUUACUCUUCUGUUAAUUCACUGCAUUUUUUAAUGGAUGAAAAUAAACUAUUAACACUUCCACUUUUGAAAGCAUUCUUGGUUUACAGCAUUUUUCACAGUACUGUACCUCCAUCAGUUGCAAAGAUUUAUUUUCUCUUUAGAUGUGUCAUAAAAACAAGGUUAGCAGGAACUCUUAUAGGCUGCCACAGAUGAGUAGCAUGUAACCCAACUGAUCAGAAACACACAGCUCCAGGCCAGGAACUCCCUUUGCUAACUUCAAAGUUAACGUGGUCCUUCAUUAAAGCAGCAAUGGAAACUGUUCAUUCCUAAGCAAUCAAUGUAUUUAAGUAUAUCUGACAUAAAGCUGUAUUUACUUUGUUGCUGGACAGACCAAAGUUUCAAAAAAUUGAUGUGCAUAUGCAAGCAGAUGCCCAACCAGUUGUGAAACUGAUCUGACAGCAACAGAGAAGUUGCAGGAGAGAAGUGAAGUAAGCUACAACAAGGAAGUUUCGGGAAAUAAAGCAACCACCUGAUAGUUAACGCAAACAAAUCACUACUUUGCUGAAGAAGGGAACUGCUGUUACUUUUGCUGCCCUGUAUGACAUUUGUGGUUCUCACCACUAAUCAAGUAUAGAUGCUAAUAAACAGAAGUUUCCAUAAUAAGCGUCAUUAUCUUCCCUACAUAUUAAUCUACAGUUAACCAGUCCUGUCUGAGAAGUUUGGGAUGAACCAGCAGUAGACGCUAUCUGAAGUCAAUACAAAAUUGUAUUGUUCCAUCCUUCUUUGGAACCAAAACCACUGGAGUACACCACUCACUUUUUGAAGGUUGAAUUAUUCCCAGGGACAGCAUAAGGUCCACUCCUCUCUUUCUUCUCUCUUUCUUCUUCAGUUGUAUCAGUUUCAAGACAAUAUCAUGCUCCACCGGAUCCAUGAGACCUGGGUACUCUUGAAAAAUUUUCAGAUGCAUUAAAGCUUUCACCCGAGUCUGCUGUUCUUCAGAGAGAUGGCCGAAAUCCAGGUCAGAGGGUACUGGUGUUGUUAGGUACUGGUCAUGAACUUCCUCUUCCUCCUUAACAGCCUGGAUCAGCAACACAUCUGCUCCCUUCUUCACCCAUGGGAUCCACUCCACAAAUGAUUGGAACGCUGCUGCCCUGGGAUGGAGAUCUGAAAGGUGGUGGGCCCAAGUUUUCUUUUGACCUCGAAAGGCCCCUGCCAAUUUGCCAGCAGCUUGCUGUCACUAGUUGGCAGCAUGACCAAGAUCUUUUGACCAAGCUUCUCUGUCGAGAUGACUUGUCAUACCAGGUCUUCUGGUGCUGCUGUGCCUCUGCCAUGUGUGCUUGGACCAGUUCAUCCAUUAACCACCUCCCCCCUUCCCCUUCCCCUUCCCUGACCCCCCUCCCAGGUCUCUCUUAAUAAGGUGAGAGGACCCCACACCUCAAGACCAUAAAGGAGCUCAGAAGGAGAAACCCCAGUGGAGGCUAUAAGGCUUUGCUAUAAGCAAAGAAAAUGCAGAGGAGCCACUGAUCCCAGUCGGAACCAGUUUCAUCCACAAACGAAGCAUUUGCCUAAGGGUCUGGUUAAAGCGCUCUGUCAGUCCAUCUGUCUGUCGUGCAUGCGUAGUCAUCCAGUUUAACUAGUUUUAUGAUUAUAAAUAUAUUUAUUUUCUAGCUUACAGAAGACUGUUCUAUGUAGGACAGGUUUUAUCCCUUAUCUCAAGAAUCAGUGAACUUUGUUUAGUUUCAGAGUUUUAAUCUUCUGUCGUCUUUUGUUUCUAGUGCUGCAGCUAGUGGUGUCCUCCAUUCACCAGUGCAGUUGGGGUGCAGUGCUGGUAGUUCACACUAGGUGGUGAUAAGAUAGUUUGUGGUGGCACAUUUGUAUUAGUGUGGUAUUUUAUUUUGAAGUGUGUUUGGGUUUAUACUCAUUUGGGGUAAAUAGUAUACUCCUAGUGUCCUGGUAGGGAGUGGUUGGUUCCCCAGCUGUAGUAUGACUGUCUGUCCUCUUCUCCUUCAUUAACUGUGUUUUAGAGAGAAUAAAUGGCAUGUUCAUGUCGCACACUGA